GUUAUUGAUGACGUCACAGGGAGACUUCUGCAACAGGAAGCUUGAUUGUGCAAUAUUUUUUGCACGAUGGCGGAGUCGUUGAUGGGAAGCAGUGAUUCAGGUGAUGAGACACCACAGUUCACUGAGGAAGAGAUCGAACAAGCCUUCUCGUACUUUCCCACUCCGGAGUUCUGGACAGACGAGGAUAAUCUUGACAUGCUCCAGGCAAUUCUAGAUUUCAAGUUCAAUGCCUAUCCAGGGAGUGAGUUUGAAGCAGAUGUUGAGUAUUACAGGAAUUCCAGGCUUGUGGUCUAUUGUUUGGUUUGUAGUAAUGUGGAACUUAGGUCCUAUGAACAUUUUAGCACUCAUGUUGAUGGAAAACCACACAAGAAGAAGGCUGCUAGGUCAGGGUGUGAAGGCACCUACACUACCUUGAAAACCUUGACCCUGCUCCCAAUUUCCAAAGCUAAAAUGACAUAUGAAGAAGGCACCUUAGAGUAUGAACUUCAAAGAUCUAGUGUUCCAGUUAUUGGCAUGGGAUUUGUGUUUAAAGAGAAAUUCAGAGGGAAAAUGGUAUACUCCUGUCAGCUGUGUAUAGAACCCCGUCUUGACCACAAGGAAAUGUUUAAGCAUUUGACUGGCAAUAGCCAUGCCAUGGAAUAUCUUGCCGUAAAAUUUCAGAAAAAGGUGUCACUAGCAAACCUGUCAGCUGAGAGAGCUCGUGUAUAUGAAUGUGAGGGCGGUGUCAAUUUCAGCAUUAUAGAUUUCACCAGCCAUUUGCCAGAAGGAAUGCAAGAAUCUUGCGAGAGUGGCUCAACACUCAGCACACCAAGGGUUAGUCGACUUUCACUAAAGAAUAGAUCAAAGAAGGAUUAAGGAUGGGAUACAAAUGCAUAUUGGAAAAAUGGAGAUGCAUUUAUUUUCUCAUUUUCCCCAUUGUGUUUUAUUAUUACUUCUUCAUCAUUUUCAUAUUUUUACCUCUCCUUAAGGAAAAGCAUAAUUUGCUCCUAUUGAUUUUUUAAAUAUUAAUUCAUGAGGCACUUGAUCUUCCCCAGAGUUUUAGAUUAUUUCAUUUUACUAUAGAUUUGUUUUAAUUUUCACUCUUAAAGGAAAAUGUUUUGUUUGAAAGGAAUUCAUUCUUUUAACCCAAUGUUGGAAACAUGUAAUGUUCACUGUAGUUUUGUUUUGUGAGCUGUUACACUUGGAUGGCUCCACAAGUGCUCAGCCACCAAGGAAUUGACUAGACAUCUUCAAGUCUGAGUUACCUUUUUGUGUUUUGUGUAUUUUAUUUUUGUUUUCCCUCUUAAUAUCAGUGUUAUUAUUGUUAUUAGCAUUAUGGUUAUUAUAAUAUUAUUAUUUAAACUUAUUGUAAUAUACAAUGGGAAAUAAUAUUUCUGAAAAUCAAAGAGUAAACAGGUGAGAUACGUAUUACUAGUGAUUGACUUGUGGAGCUGUCUAUGUGUAAAUACAAUAUUUAAACUAAAGUCAAGGUUUUACAUUUUUUUCUUUGUUUUUUGUCUUUUUAUUUUUUUGCUAUUCUUCAAAUUAUCAUUUUAGAUUACACAUAUUUUUUUGCAUAAUUAUAUACUACUGGAUAAGUCAGAGUAGUAAGUGCAGUUUAAAUAUAUUUCAGUAGGACUUUACAGUGUUCCUAUUAUGGCAUUGGUAGUUAGUUGUAAGAUCCAUUAUUGAAGAAUUUUCAUGCAUGAGGUGAUUGCAUUUUCUUCUUCUUCUUCUUCUUCUUCUUCUGCUUCUUUUUUUUCUUUUCUUUUUUUUACAUUACUUUGUGAAAACUUAGUUCUGUUCAUAUUUUUUUCUAAAGGAUAGAAUACUAUGUUUUUUCUAGUGUUAAAAUUAAUUACUGAGUUCCAUCACAUCACAGUGAAAUCUGUGAAUCUUUAAUAUAUUAAGAGUUGAAUAAUAUUUUACUGUUACAUUAUUGCCACAUAUAAAGUGUCAGAUUUAGAUACUGAGACUGAGAAGCAGCAAAUGUGUUUUGUGAUUGUUUGUAUUUUUAAAUAAUAAUGGAUUUGAAAUUAGU